GUUGGUAAAAGUGCACUUGUGGGUCAGUUUUUAUGGGAAAAAUUUACCAAAGAGUACCGACCAACGGUGGAAGAAUUUAAUUGGAUUGAAUAUAUGAAAGAUGAUGGUAGUAAGAUACUUUUGCAGGUAGUAGAUUCGAGUGGCUCCCGCGAUUUCUUGGCUAUGAGACAUUUGUAUGCAAGAAUUGGUGACGCUUUUGUUGUUGUAUUUGCAGUGGACGAUCCGAUAUCGUUAGAUGAAGCGAAAGAUAUUAUUAAAGAAGUUCAAACACGAAAUACCAAAAAAGCACCAAUAAUUUUGGUUGCAAAUAAAAUCGAUUUAUAUGAAUGUGAGGAGCAAUGGGCAGCAAAAAAAUCGAGAAUUUAUGCUUUCAACAAUGAACUUCAUUUUGCUGCUCUUUCUGCAACUAACCUUCCUCAGGUAAUUGAAAUAUUUCGAUCUGUACUAAGUGAAAUUAGGAAUUUUCAUCCGGCAAAAAUGAAAAAGCGCCGUCAGUCGAUGCCAAUCACUCGGGGAAGUGACCACAGUGAUAUUGAAAUUAAUGCUAUUGAAUUAAUAACCAGAAAGCAUGCUAUGGAAAAAAAAAAAUUAUGUACAAUAUCUUGA